UAGGAGUGGGACGGUCCAUGGAGGCCAAACUGGCAUCUUUGGGAAUUAAGACUUGUGGAGACCUGCAGUACAUGACCAUGGCAAGACUCCAGAGGGAAUUUGGUCCCAAGACAGGGCAGAUGCUGUACAGGUUCUGCCGAGGUUUGGAUGACAGACCAGUUCGAACUGAAAAGGAAAGAAAAUCGGUUUCAGCUGAGAUCAACUAUGGAAUAAGGUUUACCCAGCCCAAAGAAGCAGAAGCUUUCCUUCUGAGUCUUUCAGAGGAAAUUCAAAGACGGCUUGAAGCUGCUGGCAUGAAGGGUAAACGCCUGACUCUCAAAAUAAUGGUACGGAAGCCGGGGGCCCCUAUAGAAACUGCAAAAUUUGGAGGCCAUGGAAUUUGUGAUCACAUCGCCAGGUAAGCUUAUCUUAAAAAGGAUA